AUGCUUACUUUGGUUCCACAUCGAAGAAUUCCGAUGUCCAAGGAAAGAUCGCAAAGUUAUAUCGAAGGAGAGUUGACAAAGCAACAGGGAUCUCCUUUUAAUAAAGAUCGAUUUGUGAAUUCAGAAAGAAAAACGCCAACUAAAUCGCCAUCGCCAGCAUAUAAGUCUCCUUCAUGCAGCAAUUUUAGAGAAAGUCCUAUGAAAUCGCCGAUUAGUACACCAAAAAAGGAAAAGAAAUACCAAGUUACCGACACUACGUUAGAUGCCCCCAAUAUUAUAGAUCUAGAAGUAAAUCAGAUCAUGAGCUUCAACAGUGCCGGUCAUCUAGCAGUUGCUCUUGGGCAGCAUGUCUAUAUCUGGCGCUCGGGAGAUGUAGAAUAUUACAUGAAUGCGAUAGUUUCAAUUGAUGCCUUAGAUUGGUAUGAUAAUGAUACAUUAGUGAUUGCUCCAAACGGACACGUCGAAUUAUGGGGAGUCACUUCAAAACGCUGUGCACGCAGAUUACAGCAACAUUCUGGACGCGUUAAUUGCAUUGCAUGCACUUCAGGUAAAAUUGCAACAGCAGGAACAGACAAACUGAUUAAUAUAUCAGAUUUGAAAACAUUCAAGACUGAAACACUUAUUGGCCAUAAAUCAGAGAUUGUUAGUCUUGCUUGGUCUCCAGAUGGUGUAAUAUUAGCUUCUGCCGAUAAGUCUGGUAUUUUAACAAUUUGGUCAAAUAGGAAGAGAAAGCGCAUUCAACUCAAAUUACCAAUAUCUUCAAUUGCUUGGCUAUCUCAGACAACCAUUGCUGUUGGAUGCAAAAAUGAUGAAGGUACUCUGAAAUUAGUUAAUAUUUUAUACCCUAAUGAAGAGGAAAUUCCUUCGAUUCAAACAGGUCAGCCAAUUUCAUAUAUAUCAUGGACUCCUGUUCGAGGAAUUUUUGUUGCUCAUCGUAUUCUUCCUUUUGAUGUGGAAUUAUAUGGCCGCGAUUUAGUAAAAAUCGAUGAAUUUCAAGGUCAUGAUGGCCCGAUAAUGCAGGUUAUAUGCACCUCUGAUGGUUCAUACGCUGCAUCAAUUGCCGCAGAUGAGAAAAUUAAGUUAUGGAAUUUUAUUAAUAUUAACACUUUAGAUAGAGCUCAAUCUGCCCAGUUUUUCCCAACAAUUAGAUAG